CAUUGCGUUUUCGACAUUGUUGUUUCUCAAAUGUUUUUAUUCAAAAGGAAACGAAGAAAAGUGAUUUAUUUUUUAUAGAGUCCUUCAUAGCUGUCGAUUUUUCACCAUUUUUUUCCUUUUUUCUAGAUUUAGUUGAUUUUUCUAUAUUUGCGAAUAAAGUUUGCAGUGAUUUUGGGGAGAAAUGAACGUUGUGACGCCUUCAGUCGAAUUGAGUUCGUAUCGGGACCAACAUUUUAAAGGUUCUCGUGCAGAACAGGAUAGACUCUUGAGAAAUUCCACAACUUUAUAUGUGGGGAAUCUUUCAUUCUACACUACCGAGGAACAAAUUUACGAACUUUUCUCAAAAUGCGGUGACGUUAAGCGCAUUAUUAUGGGCCUCGAUAAAUACAAAAAGACACCCUGCGGAUUUUGCUUCAUCGAAUAUUACAUCAGAAGUGAUGCAGAAAACUGUAUGAGAUAUGUAAAUGGCACUCGUCUAGAUGACCGGAUUAUUCGAACGGAUUGGGAUGCUGGUUUUAUCGAAGGAAGACAAUACGGCCGAGGAAAAACUGGUGGACAAGUAAGGGACGAGUAUCGAUCAGAUUUUGACGGUGGUCGAGGCGGUUACGGAAAAAUCAUCCAGCAAAAAGUGACGCCCAUCUCUGAUAGUUUUGUCUGCUGAAGAUAAAAAAAGCAUCAAAAGCUGUGUUCAAACUAUUUAUCAAAGUUAGGUUAUAAAAGUUUCAUAAUAUUUUAUAUUCGCGCAUUUUUAAUUUAUGUGAUAAAGAAAUCAUGAAAUGAUUGACUGAGAUCAAAAAGUUUAUUGGAAUGAUAAUAAACAAUUGAUGUUGUUUAUGUUAACAA